AGAACACUACAAUAACUAUACAAUAACAUUUUCACAGCAUAAUCAUGACUCCAGCAGUAACAUGAAGGAGUACAGCAUGUCCGAGCUGAGUUCGGAGUAUCAAGGAGAAGAGAAACAGCUCCUACUAGUGAGAAGAGAUGCUCCUUCUCCACCAGUUGGAGGGGGGACUGUCACUAAUAAUGAGAUCCUCGAUAGAUACGGCUUUGGAAGGUACCAGUACCUACUAGGGUUGUGUUGUGGACUUGCAAGAACUGCCGCUUUCUCACAUAUCUUCCUAUGUACAGCAGUAGUAAGCAACCAGAACGUGUACUGGAAGCUAAGUCUACUAGAGGACAGAAUGGUGUACACAGUAUUAGCUGUGUUCUGUAUAGUAGGCGGGGUCUUAGCUGGGAAACUAGCUGAUAUAUACGGCAGGAAAAGGAUCCUAUUGAUGGGUACUGUGUUAUCUGCGCUAGCUAUGACUAUUGGCGCUAUAACCCCCCAGUACUACCUGUUUAUAGUGUGUAAUGUUAUAGGAGGAGCUGCUAUUGGAGCUAACCUUGUUGUCGGUACUUGUCUGUAUGGAGAGUGCAUUCCUAAUAGCCACAGAUCGUACGCAGCCGUGGUUAUAAACGCUUUCACCUGGCUUGUAAACCUGAUAAUAUGCCUUGUAAACUACUUCUGCUUCCACGAAACAGGGUGGAGAUGGCACUACGGUCUAAUAGUCAUCCCCAACAUCCUCUCCUUCGUCUUCACCUACUUCCUUAUAGACGAAAGCCCCCGUUACUACGGUAUGAUAGGUUACACACAGGGACAACUCUACGUUCUGACCCGUAUCAGGUCCUGGAACAAACCCCACCUCACCUCACCUUUUAGCGAGGACCUGAAGAGCACUGUUAUCUCAGACCGGGGCAGCUGGAAGGGGCUCAUGUUCCGGUUCUUUGGGGCAACUCUAGCCACCAUGUCUAUUGGCUUCAUGGUCACAGCCGUCAUCACCAUGAUCACCUUCUCUUCUCCCAUCAUGAUUGCAGCGGACUACUGCUCCCUGGGCCAAGUACUGAAUCUGGAGCAGACUGAUCUGUGGGAGGAGAGUGAUCACUUCCAGUACCUCGUCCUCAGCAUCAUCUACUUCUCACUCUUUAUAGGGUCCCUCCUCUCCCACUUCACACUAGUCAGGAACAGAUCUCGUUCUGUCUCCCUCUACUUCCUCUUCGUGCUCCUUCUCGUUACUCUCAUCCCACAAAUGCAAUGCUUUACAACCUGGCUGCUUCUCCUCAGUGCAGUUCUCACAAUGGUCGUGGUAGGAGCUAUACUUCACAUACAGACAUUAAUUAUUAUAGAAAUGUUCCCUACGUAUAUUAGAGGGGCUGCGUUUGGGGUGAUUUACGCGGCUACUUUCAUGGGAACUCUGUACGGACCGUAUGUGGACAUUUUAAUUAAUGCUGGAAGUUUGAAGAGUGUGUAUGCGGUGUUUUUCGUGCUGUCAGCCACCACUGCAGUGCUUAUUAACGGAGGAAUUGGGGGCAGUUCAGACACGCAGACCAACAAGAUAUUUGACAAUAGAGACGAUGUUUUCGGUGGAAUUUUAGAGUCACGUGAAUUUGGAGAGCUUUGAAUCAAGUGAGCGUAGAUUCUGAAUCGCCUAGAAACAUUAAAGUGAUAUCAAGCGAUGAAAUUAAACAAGAAUACAAGACACAUUUUUAUAAGUCAGAUGAUUAAAGACAAAGGAACCGACUUAAAUCGGUAAAUAUCAGUUAAGUAUCAUUAGUUUAAAUUAUGAACUGAGAAACGUUUUAUAUUAAUGGAAAUGAAACCUGGUUUAUUCUGAUUACCUGCUUUCAUUACCUCUACCUUGUCGUUAAAAAAACUAUGAGUUUUACGAAUUUAACCUGUUAUGAUUUAACUUAUUUAACAACAAAAUCUAUUUGAUAGUGACGGCUUUCAAAUAGAUGGAUUCUAUCUUGUUAGUUAAUAUCGUUAUCAGAUAACUAAUAAUAAUUGGAUAAUUAUACAUAAUGAGUGAGUACUUACAAAAGAACUUCUUUAAGUUCCACAAUGUUAUCGUGUGGUGAGAGACGUCGCAUUGCUUGUAUUUCUCUCAAAUUGUUGAUCUGAUCUAUCCUGCAAAUAUGUUAUUUUAUUUUAUAAUUUCUUACAGUAC